GUGCAAGAAGCCGUUAACUGCGUCUUUAUGUUAUCUUGUACCUUAUCUCUACACAGUUGUCAAAAGAAUUUACUUUCAUAAUCAUGAUAUUCUGGCUGGUAUUUUCAAUUAUUUUGCUAGUAACAGAUUCCGUCUAUUCGAAUACCAGUUGUCCAGAUGCUUGGUUCAUGUUACCUGUUUGCGCACGACCAGUUACUUUCAUUUACGGAAGCUGAGCAUUUUUGUAAACAGCACUCGUCGCAUUUAGUACAUAUCGACAAUGUGCACGAAAACAACUUUCUUCGACAAUUCCUCACUCAUUUCAAAUCCGAUUUCUGGUGGAUAGGUCUGACAGACACAGUCAUCGAAGGUGAAUGGCAAUGGAUAGAUACAAACAGCGAUGCAGAAUACCUAGAAUGGGGAGCAAAUGAACCUAAUAACACUAACGUUGAAGAGGAUUGUGCAAUAAUAAUUCGUCAAGAACAGUUUAAAUGGGCUGACGUGGUGUGUUCCCGUACCUUUCAACCGAUCUGUGAAGAAAAUGUGUCCAUGGAUAAUGAAAUCGUUGGCUAACUUUGAAUAAAUGUAGUUACAAGAAGGCUUUGUUGAUGCGUUUGUUUAUUGCAUGAAUUUCAACAGAUAAUUAUAACAGAAAUAAGAUUGGAUACGCCUAAUACAGAACUCAGCAUAAUCCUGGUUUGAUGCAUGUUUUUUUAAUUUUUGAUAUUUAACUUUCUUUUAUCUCUGCAAACCUUCAAACAACACGCCGAUAGACGUCAAUUUGUGAUGAAUUGGGAUUUCAUAUACUCUCUUCGUAUAUUGUUCGAAUCGUUCAACAAGUUGUUUAUUUGUCAUUAUAUUUUCAAAAAAAUGUCCAUAUAAGUGGUAUAAAUUGUUGAUACAUGUAUAGAUUUUCGACGUUUUAAUCGAUAUUGUUGUUAAUGUGAAUAAAAAUAUUCGGUUAAUAUUGUCUAAUGAAAAACCCAAACGACAGCACUUAAAGAAAAAUUGAUGUGAUGAUAGAAAUUGUAUUUUCAAAGCGAUGAGGCAAUCAAACUAUAUUUCUCGUUAUAGUACAGUACGAUGAAUUAACCUUUGCUUCGCAUAUGCUACUGAUCAUGUUAUUUUCGAACAUCGCUUUGAAUGUUUUUUUUUCUAUGUAAUAUCUAUUUUCAUUUUUGUUUUCUAUGUAUCAAUAAAUAAUUGUUCCGCUGUAAUACACUGCCUACAAUUAAGAAUUAUAGAAUUAUAGACGCACAAUAUAGUUAGCGGUUUUUAUAUCACAAACAGAAGAAAACAAAAUAAACAAAUACAAACACAAAAACAACAUCCCCCACACACAAAACAACAACAACAAAGAUCAACAACAACCAAAAAGUAAAACAAGUUAUAAACAGUUAUUGUAUGAUGAUCCUAAAUGUAUCAAUAUCGGCUUGUUUAGGUCAAUAUUAUCACACUGUUAGUGUUCUAUUUCAUUUCAUAACGUGCAGUAUGGUUAAACUAAUAUGUAAGAUUGUUUCUCAGAACAAAAUGUUUAGUUACAUUGUACAAAACAGGUAAUAGGAUAGUGGCGGAAAGAAAAAAUCCUUAAUGUUUCCCAGUUAAAGUGACAUUUUCAUGUUUAAUGUCAGCCAGUUCCUCUUCUUAUUUCAUUGUGAACCUAUACUUGACAUUUUGGUAGAAUUUUCAAGGUUUUUAAAAGUGUAAAGAAGCCUUUUUACACGUGUUUAUACACACAUUUUAACUGUCAGUUUUGGGGAUAUUCCAUAGUAAUGACGUGCUAGACAAAACAAUCUCUCUCAGUAUAUGUGCUUUAUUUCUUUUGAUAGGCAUCUGGGGUUUGAAAAUUAGAACACAAUUUAACAUUUAACAUUGCAAUCAACUGGGAUUUAAAUACGCACACAUUAUGCUGUUUAGUUCGGACAUCGAAAAUUGAUUUACAGAAUUUAUCAAUUAAUUUCGUUGAGACAGAUGUGUAAAAGAAAGAAUAAUAUGAAUACAUUUCUACAGUUGAUUAAUGUAACUUUAUAUAAAUCCCACUGUAUCAAUAUAGUUAUAGUUCUUCUUACAAGAACUGGUUUACUGGAGAUUUGUAACAGAUUCAUUUUCAGUAAAGUGAUGAUAUUUGUAUGACAACACUGACAGUAGCAACAAAAACAAGGUCAACUAUGAAUAACAACUGUUUUACUAUGUAAUCUCUAAUUAUAUUGCCCUUCCCCUUUGUUCAAUUGACGUUCUUGGCCACUAAUACUUUUUCCUGGUUGAUAAAUAUAGUAAGACAAGCCUAUAAACACUACAUUCAAAAGAAAAGUAUGGUUGUAUGACAAAGAUAAGUAUGACCAAUACAAUACAUUACAAUACUGCACAAUAUACUAACAGGGAACACUGACCUUAACAAGGCCACUUAACUAGUUUCACUCUGAGCCCUCGAAACGAUAUUCCUUGGCUAAAUAACAUAAGAAAGGCUAUUAGGAAGCGCAAGAAGUUACAUAAAACUGCAAAGCGACUAAACACUGAACAAGCGUGGACACACUUUAAAACAAUACUCAACGGGAUUUCAAAACAAAUACGAAUAGCAAAACAAAACUACCAAAAUAAACUCAUUGAACAAGUAAACUCAAACACAAUAACAGCGAAACUCUGGUUCAAAACUGCUAAAAAACUAACAAACAAAACAACAGCUCAAACAAUUAUAACACUACAAGACCAAAAUACUCCAGCAUCUACAGACCAAGAAAAGACAGAACUUCUUAAUCGCUUCUUUUGCUCACAAUCCACCAUAGAUGACACUAACGAAACUUUACCACCAAGCCCAUCCUUUACUUCAGCUUCCCUAUCAAAUAGUCUUAUAACACCAACAGACAUCUCUGACGCUAUAUAUCCCUCAUAGAUCCUUCUAAAGCAUGUGGCCCUGAUCUCAUCAGCCCUAAACUUCUUCGAUAAGGUAAAGCAGAACUUUCUAAACCUCUUUCACAGUUCUUCAACAAGUUAUUGACUUAUGCCUUCUUCCUUUCGUCCUGGAAACUAGCAAAUGCUACUCCAAUUUAAAAAAAAAACAAAAGAUCCCUCUAAACCUUCGAACUAUCGACCAAUCUCCCUUCUUAGCUGCAUAGGCAAACUUAUGGAACGGUGUAUUCACAAAUAUCUUUAAAACCAUCUCACUCAAAACAAUCUCCUUACUUCUCUUCAAUCAGGCUUUAUCAAAGGUGACUCUACAGUUGGUCUAUCUUCAUAACGACAUCUGCAAUGCUGUCGAUAAUGGCAAAGAAAUUCGAACCGUGUUUUGUGACGUUUCGAAGGCAUUCGACAUUGUGUGGCAUGGCGAAUUUCUUCAUAUGCUAUCCUCUCUAGGUAUUAAGGGCUUACUUCUGAACUGGCUACCCUAAUAACUUUCCUCGUGUAAGCAGCGAGUUGUGUACGCAAAUGUAUCUUCCUCUUGGUCGACCAUUAACGCAGGUGUCCCGCAAGGAUAUAUUCUAGGACCUUUGUUAUUCCUAACUUAAAUUAACGACAUUUUUUCAAACAUCGGUUCUUAAAUUCGUCUUUUUGCAGAUGAUACCAGUCUUUAUACAAUGUAUCAUCGUAGGUGAUCCAGCUUUAGCUAGUACCACUCUAAGCACUGAUCUUGAAACCAUCCACUCUUGGUUUAAAGCAUGGCUUGUUACAUUCAACCCAUCAAAAACAGAAUCCACGGUCUUUUCAAGAAAACUCUCCAAACCGAAUCAUCCCCAAAUAUGUAUGAACAGUAUACCAAUCACUGAAGUGACUGAACACAAACAUCUUGGUCUCACCUACUCCUCGGAUCUAAAAUGGUCCUCACAUAUAUCUAUCACUUUGAAAAAAGUUUGGCAACGAAUUGGAAUAAUUAGAUCUCUUAAAUUUCUUUUAAAUCGACAUAGUCCCGAACGAAUGUACUUUUCAUUUAUUCGCCAAAUCUUGGAAUAUUCUGAUGUUGUUUGGGACAACUGUACAGAAGCUAUAAAGAAUGAGAUCGAGGCCAUCCAGAAUGAGGCUGCUCGUAUAGUCACCGGUGCCACAAAACUCUGUAACAUCCAGAGACUCUUACUCGAUCUCGGUUGGGAACCUCUGACGGAACGACGAAAAAACAUCGCCUUGUUUUGUUCUAUAAAAUGGUCAAUGGCUUAUCACCCGCCUACCUGUCUUCACUAAUUCCUGAAAACCAGCACAGUAUCAAUACUAGAUAUAACCAAAGAAACAUCAGUAAUAUCUUUUGCCAAUCAUAUUCAUACAGCUCUUCCUUUCUUCCAAACACAAUACACGACUGGAACUUACUUCCUCAUCAUAUCAAAUCAUCUCCUUCAAUCAAUGCUUUCAAAUCAAUCUGAAUAAAAACAUACCAAAAUCAAAUCCAUUAUUUAAAGUCGGAUCCAGAAAAGGCAAUAUUCUUCAUGCUUGGCUACGUUUGGUUGUAGCUCCCUUAACUAUGACCUCAACCGCCGAGGACUCACAAACACUGCUAGAUGUGAUUGUGGUGCGUUAGAAACUGUCGACCAUUAUUUAUUACAUUGUCGAAAAUACCAAAAUCUUCGAACUGACAUAUUUUCUAAUUUCCAAUGCCCUCUAACUCUUAACAAUCUACUGUAUGGUGAUGGACAUCUAUCCUAUCAACAGAAUAUUUACCUAUUCCCUAACGUACAACGAUUUAUCAUCUCAUCAAAUAGAUUCAAUGCAUAAGCUGCGACAAUCAACAUUUCCCCUCUCCCACCCCCAAACGACGAUGAGAGACAAUAGCAUAAACAUGCUCGUUAAUUUUUUUCACUUGUCAUUCCAAAAAAGAACAACAUUGUAUUAUAUUUUUACAUUCAGAUUCCGAUUCAUACAACACGACACACAUACUUACACAGCCUAGUUAUUAUUCUUCAUUUAACCUCUGUUUUUCUUAUGGAGCGGAAUUCAUAUAAGUUUUAAGUAGCUUGUUUUCCAAUCCAUUCGAUUAAUAUUUUCUUUGUUUGUUUGUACUAUUUUGAUUGAUGUAUGUUUUUAUCAAACUUUGUUAAUUUAAAUGUACUACCCGUUUUUGUAAAUAUAAUUGUGGAAAUAAAUACAGACCCAAACCCCCAAGUUGGAUCUUCAGGUUAGCAUAGUGCGAUUUUCUUUUAAUAAUUGAUAUCAGAAGCAAGCAGUUCAUGAAUUGCUCAAAGUAAAAUGGGCAGAAAGAAUGCUUGAGUUAUUCUGAGU